AUGUCCGACUUGAGUGACUUUGAAGUAACGAAUGGCGAGGAAGAGGACAUUUUCUUAGAAAAGGAUGAAGCACUUAUCCGUCAAACUAAGGAGGAGACAACGAAAUGGUUUCAAUCGUGGUAUCAAACAGAGACAUCUAAGAAUGUUGGGGAUAUUUCAAACGAGCCAGAUGAAGAUGAUAGCAAUAGUGAUGGUGGCAUCUUGAGCAUAGAUAAUGAUGAUGGGAGUGAAGGGUCACCGAGACAUGUUAGAAGGAAGUAUCCUCAGUGGAUGCCAAAGGCAGACUUGAAAGAGAUAGUAGAAUUGUAUAUUGGGCAGGAGUUUGUUGACACCCGCCAGUUUAAUGAUGCAUUGCAAAUUUUUGCUAUUCAAAAUUCUUUUGACUACACCUACAUGCGCAAUGAGAAAACAAGAAUUACCUCCAUUUGCAAAAGAACUUGUGGAUGGAGAAUACAUGCAUCGUGGUCGUAUAAGAGAGACUGUUUCCAAAUUAAGAGUUACAUUAAAGAGCACAAUUGUGGGACUCACUACUACAACAAGAAGGCAUCAAUCAAGUGGGCUGCAAACCGAUAUUUGGAAAUCUUUCGGGACGAACCGAAUUUUAGAGCAAUUGCAUUGAAGGAAAUGAUCAGAAGGGAUUACAAUGUCGAUAUGACUUUGUCGUCUUGUCACCGAGCAAAGAAGAUGGCAUUGGGUAUUUUGACAGGGAAAAAAGCCUACAAGAGGGGGUUCUUGGAGGCAUGUAGACCCAUGAUUUGUGUCGAUGCUUGCUUCUUAAAGAGCGAGUUCGUUGGGCAGCUGCAUGCAGCCGUUGCGAGGGAUGUAAAUGAUGACAUUUAUCCACUAGCAUAUGAUAUAUGUGAGUGUGAAGAUCAGCAUACAUGGACAUGGUUUCUGAGCUGUUUAUUGGAAGAUAUUGGCAAUCCGCGAGUACACACUUGGUCAUUCAUGUCUAAUCGACAAAAGGGACUGCUCAAUGCCAUGGAGGAUUUGAUGCCUGGUCUGGAGCAUCAAUUAUGUCUCAGGCACUUGCAUGCAAACUUCAAGAGACAAGGGUUCAAGGGCAAGGCAUACAAAGAUGCUUUCGAUGGUGCAGCUCGGGCAGCUAACGAGUUGCAAUUCAAACACUACAUGUCAGUCAUUAGAGGUAUGAGUGAAGAUGCAUUCGAUUACAUCAGCAAGAUUGAUCCAAGAACAUGGUCAAGUGGGGAGGAUCACAAGCGGCAGGAGAACCCACCACCACUGUCGACGACACAGAUUUGA